UUUUGAGGCCGAUGUUUCCUCGCCUUGCCCUCAUCGGCGCCGUGGCGCCGCUGCGCGUGGCCAGCCAGCGCCAGAUCAACCGCAAGCUCAAGCACCCGGCCACGCUGCGCAAGCUGGCGCGCAAGGAGGCCGAGAACCCGACGCCCGAAGUCGUCCGGAGCUUGAAGUACGAGCCGACGUACGUGCCGGAGAAGGUGAGCUUCAACGGCUGGUCGCCGGCGCGCGCCGAGGGCCCGCUCGAGGGCCUGCCGUUUACGGUCAAGCGCACGUCGACGGGCUUGCAGCUGCCCGUGUACCGCGACUACCGCAACGGCCGCACGCGCAUCAUCACGAUCGUGCGCCGCUUUGACGGCGACGAGGCCGAGUUGCAGCAGGAACUCUCCACAGUAUGCGACGGCUCGCCCGUGCUGUCGCGCCCGGGCCGCUUGGAAGUCGUCGGCGACUACUCGCACCAAAUCAAGCAAUACUUUACGGGCCUCGGCUUCUAAAGCACUAGCAUAGACACACUACUAAUACAGACAUCGACAAACCAAGC